CCUGCGCGCGCGCUCUCUCGGGCCCAAGUGAAUAGUCCUCGCGCGAGCGGGACACCGUGGUGGAUGCGAUUCCCCUCGCCUCCAGCCGCCAGGACCUCCCCGGCGCCGCAGGCAGCGUCCUCCUCCGAAGCAGCUGCACCUGCACCUGGGCAGCCUGGACCCUCGUGCCUUGUCCCCGGGACCUCGCGCGGGGGGCGCCCCGGGACACCCCCUGCGGGCCGGGUGGAGGAGGAAGAGGAGGAGGAGGAAGAAGACGUGGACCAGGACCCCCGUCGUACCCGGAACACCUGCCUGCGCUGCCGCCACUACUCUUUAAGGGAGAGGAGAAGAGAGCCGGGGAGAACCAUGGGGGGCUGCGAAGUCCGGGAAUUCCUUUUGCAAUUUGGUUUCUUCUUGCCUUUGCUGACAGCGUGGCCAGGCGACUGCAGUCACGUCUCCAACAACCAAGUUGUGUUGCUUGAUACAACAACUGUGCUGGGAGAGCUAGGAUGGAAAACAUAUCCAUUAAAUGGGUGGGAUGCCAUCACUGAAAUGGAUGAACAUAAUAGGCCCAUUCACACGUACCAGGUAUGUAAUGUAAUGGAACCAAACCAAAACAACUGGCUUCGUACAAACUGGAUCUCCCGUGAUGCCGCUCAGAAAAUUUAUGUGGAAAUGAAAUUCACACUGAGGGAUUGUAACAGCAUCCCAUGGGUCUUGGGGACUUGCAAAGAAACAUUUAAUCUGUUUUAUAUGGAAUCAGAUGAGUCCCAUGGAAUUAAAUUCAAGCCAAACCAGUAUACAAAGAUCGACACAAUUGCUGCUGAUGAGAGUUUUACCCAGAUGGAUUUGGGUGAUCGCAUCCUGAAACUCAACACUGAAAUUCGUGAGGUGGGGCCUGUAGAAAGGAAAGGAUUUUACCUGGCUUUUCAAGACAUUGGGGCGUGCAUUGCCCUCGUUUCAGUCCGUGUUUUCUACAAGAAGUGUCCCUUCACUGUUCGUAACUUGGCCGUGUUUCCUGAUACCAUCCCAAGGGUUGAUUCCUCCUCUUUGGUUGAAGUACGGGGUUCUUGUGUGAAGAGUGCUGAAGAGCGAGACACUCCUAAACUGUAUUGUGGAGCUGAUGGAGAUUGGCUGGUUCCUCUUGGAAGAUGCAUCUGCAGUACAGGAUUUGAAGAAAUUGAGGGUUCUUGCCAUGCUUGCAGACCAGGAUUCUAUAAAGCUUUUGCUGGGAACACAAAGUGUUCUAAAUGCCCUCCACAUAGUUUAACAUACAUGGAAGCAACGUCUGUCUGUCAGUGUGAAAAGGGUUAUUUCCGAGCUGAAAAAGACCCACCUUCUAUGGCAUGUACCAGGCCACCUUCAGCUCCUAGGAAUGUGGUUUUUAACAUCAAUGAAACAGCCCUUAUUUUGGAAUGGAGCCCACCAAGUGACACAGGAGGGAGAAAAGAUCUCACAUACAGUGUAAUCUGUAAGAAAUGUGGCUUAGACACCAGCCAGUGUGAGGACUGUGGUGGAGGACUCCGCUUCAUCCCAAGACAUACAGGCCUGAUCAACAAUUCCGUGAUAGUACUUGACUUUGUGUCUCACGUGAAUUACACCUUUGAAAUAGAAGCAAUGAAUGGAGUUUCUGAGUUGAGUUUUUCUCCCAAGCCAUUCACAGCUAUCACGGUGACCACGGAUCAGGACGCACCUUCCCUGAUAGGUGUGGUAAGGAAGGACUGGGCAUCCCAAAAUAGCAUUGCCCUGUCAUGGCAAGCACCUGCUUUUUCCAAUGGAGCCAUUCUGGACUACGAGAUCAAGUACUAUGAGAAAGAACAUGAGCAGCUGACCUACUCUUCCACAAGGUCCAAGGCCCCCAGUGUCAUCAUCACAGGUCUUAAGCCAGCCACCAAGUACGUAUUUCACAUCCGCCUGAGAACCGCGACAGGAUACAGUGGCUACAGUCAGAAAUUUGAAUAUGAAACAGGAGAUGAAACUUCUGACAUGGCAGCGGAACAAGGACAGAUUCUCGUGAUAGCCACCGCGGCCGUUGGCGGCUUCACGCUCCUCGUCAUCCUCACCUUAUUCUUCCUGAUCACUGGGAGAUGUCAAUGGUACAUAAAAGCCAAGAUGAAGUCAGAAGAGAAGAGAAGAAACCACUUACAGAAUGGGCAUUUGCGCUUCCCAGGAAUUAAAACUUACAUUGAUCCGGAUACAUAUGAAGACCCAUCCCUAGCAGUCCAUGAAUUUGCAAAGGAGAUUGAUCCCUCAAGAAUUCGCAUUGAGAGAGUCAUUGGGGCAGGUGAAUUUGGAGAAGUCUGUAGUGGGCGUUUGAAGACACCAGGGAAAAGAGAGAUCCCAGUUGCCAUUAAAACUUUGAAAGGCGGCCACAUGGAUCGGCAAAGAAGGGAUUUUCUAAGAGAAGCUAGUAUCAUGGGCCAGUUUGACCAUCCAAAUAUCAUUCGCCUGGAAGGUGUUGUCACAAAAAGAUCCUUCCCGGCCAUUGGGGUAGAGGCGCUUUGCCCCAGCUUCCUGAGGGCAGGGUUUUUAAAUAGCAUCCAGGCCCCGCAUCCAGUGCCAGGGGGAGGAUCUCUGCCCCCCAGGAUUCCUGCUGGCAGACCAGUAAUGAUUGUGGUGGAAUAUAUGGAGAAUGGAUCCCUAGACUCCUUUUUGCGGAAGCACGAUGGCCACUUCACGGUCAUCCAGUUGGUUGGAAUGCUCCGAGGCAUCGCAUCGGGCAUGAAGUAUCUUUCUGAUAUGGGUUAUGUUCAUCGAGACCUAGCGGCUCGGAAUAUAUUGGUCAAUAGCAACUUGGUGUGCAAAGUUUCUGAUUUUGGUCUCUCCAGAGUGCUGGAAGAUGAUCCAGAAGCUGCUUAUACGACAACUGGUGGAAAAAUCCCCAUAAGGUGGACAGCUCCAGAAGCCAUCGCCUACAGGAAAUUCUCCUCGGCAAGCGAUGCGUGGAGCUAUGGCAUUGUGAUGUGGGAGGUCAUGUCCUACGGAGAGAGGCCUUACUGGGAAAUGUCUAACCAAGAUGUCAUUCUGUCCAUUGAAGAAGGGUACAGACUUCCAGCUCCCAUGGGCUGUCCAGCAUCUCUACACCAACUGAUGCUCCAUUGCUGGCAGAAGGAGAGAAAUCACAGACCAAAAUUUACUGACAUCGUCAGCUUCCUUGACAAACUGAUCCGAAAUCCCAGUGCCCUUCACACCCUGGUGGAGGACAUCCUUGUAAUGCCAGAGUCCCCUGGUGAAGUUACCGAAUAUCCUUUGUUUGUCACGGUUGGUGAUUGGCUAGAUUCUAUAAAGAUGGGGCAAUACAAGAAUAACUUCAUGGCGGCAGGAUUUACAACUUUUGACCUGAUUUCAAGAAUGAGCAUUGAUGACAUUAGAAGAAUUGGAGUCAUACUCAUUGGACACCAGAGACGCAUAGUCAGCAGUAUACAGACUUUACGUUUACACAUGAUGCACAUACAGGAGAAGGGAUUUCAUGUAUGAAAGUACCACAAGCACCUGUGUUUUGUGCCUCAGCAUUUCUAAAAUGAACGAUAUCCUCUCUACUUCCCUCUCUUCUGAUUCUCCAAACAUUGCUUCACAAACUGCAGUCUUCUGUUCAGACUAUAGGCACACAACUUAUGUUUAUGCUUCCAACCAGGAUUUUAAAAUCAUGCUACAUAAAUCCUCUAUGAAUAACCUGCAAAUAAAACCCUGGUCCACUGAAGAUUAUUGCUACGCAAUGGUAAAUAACUCAGCAUGGAUGUGUAAUUUUGUAUAAGCAGUAUAUGGGAAGUGUUCACGGACUUCACCUAAAGGAAUUUAUCCAGUUGGGGCUUCCUUAGUGAUGUAUGUAGAGUGUGAUGGUAGAUGAGAACGAACUAGUUGACCUUUCUUUCAGGUUUUGUGAUCAAGUAGCUUCCAAACUGACAUAAAUGUUUGGUUUUUAGAUAAUUAUAUUCAGCUCUAUUGGUUGUAUUGUUACUUUUUUUUAAUAGUUUUACAGUUGGUGCCUGAUAUUAUUAGAAUUGUUUGCAGAAAUGACCAGUGAUAUCAUGUAAUGAAUUUUUGUGAGGUAUGACUAUGGUGAGAAGGGGGUUGUUAGGGAGGGAGGAAAAAAUACUGUGUUUUUAAAUCUUC